UAUUUCUCAUACAGCGGUAGAAUUUGGUUCUGCUAACAAGCACUAACUGACAGGUGGCACUUCAUGUCUGUCUGUCCGAUACCUAUUGAUUUUAUUACGGGCAUCGUUUAAAUUUUAUUUCAACAAAUUUAAUCGUGAAGUCAAUGCACAUAUGGAGUUGCUAAGACGUGUUCAUGGAAUAUUCUGUCCAACCGAUUCUUUUAACUUUAUUUCACCAUCCCACGAUAAAGUUUGAAGACAUCCUUAAAAAUGGGUACAAAUACAGGCCAGGUGAUGACCCUGGCUAACAGCAUAAUAGGCGUCAGUGUUCUAGCAAUGCCAUUUUGUUUCAAGCAAUGUGGCAUAGUAUUGUCUGUUUUGUUACUCUGUCUGAGUAGUAUUUUGUCACGAUUUGCCUGCCACUUCCUACUCAAGGCUGCCAUCAUUACAAGAAGACGUAAUUAUGAAUUUUUAGCAUUCCAUGUCUUUGGAUCAACAGGAAAAUUAGGCGUCGAGUUAUCAAUAAUUGGGUUUCUCUUGGGAACGUGUGUGGCCUUUUUUGUUGUUAUGGGUGAUCUAGGACCUGCCAUCAUCUCCUCUAUGUUAGGAAUACAUAGAACAGACACUCUGCGGACAAGCAUUUUAAUUGGUAUGGCCUUAUUUGUGGUUCUUCCACUUGGUUUACUGCGCAAUGUAGACAGUUUGAGCUCUCUCUGUACUGCGUCCAUAGCCUUUUAUCUCUGUCUUGUUCUGAAAGUAAUUGGAGAAGCAACAGGACCCAUGGUCUCUGGAGAUUGGCUCAACCAAGUUAAUUUUUGGAGACCUGAAGGAGUUUUACAGUGCUUGCCCAUAUUCUCUAUGGCCUUGUUUUGUCAAACCCAGCUUUUUGAGAUAUUUGAUACUGUUCCCAAUGCUGCUUUAGACAAGCUAAACGCUGUCAUUCGUGUGGCUGUUAAUAUGUGCACAGCUAUGUACAUCUUGGUUGGAGUGUUUGGGUAUAUUGCGUUUAGUAAAGAGAACAUAUCUGGGAACAUUUUGGUUAGUUUGUCUCAGACAAUGAGCAGUGAAGUUAUCAAAUUAGGAUUUGUUCUUUCUGUAGCAGUCAGCUUUCCCCUUGUUAUUUUUCCAUGUAGAGCAAGCUUAUACUCUCUGCUCUAUCGAAAUGCUCAACCUCCAGUUCACGACUUGGCAUCUUCCCAUGUACCUGAGGGGAGGUUCAAAGUUCUUACAUUUUGCAUUGUUGGUGUAUCGUUAGUAGUUGGUCUUCUGCUUCCAAACAUCGAACGAGUACUUGGUAUCAUUGGCUCAACUAUUGGAGUCACAAUUUGCAUCAUACUUCCUUCACUCCUGCUUGGAAACACAGCUCGCCAUUCAAAGGACAGACUCUUCAGCCAGGUAAUUCUGUGGUCUGGUGCCAUUAUCAUGAUUUUGGGAACUUAUGCUCACAUUCUAAAUAGUGAGCAAGCUACAGAUUCAGGAUUCGAACAAGUUGCUAAUCGUAUACUGGACCAUGCAGUUGACCACCUCAAUGAACCACCUCAAGAAGCAAUUGCUUUUCAGCCACUUCUCAGCAAUAACAAAGUAAAGAAAUUGAUUGAGACAUCAGAAGAGAAAAGUAGAAAUCUGGUUUCAGAUAGUGGUGUGGAAAAGAAGCAGAAUGCACUUUCAUUAAGUGAUUCAAAGUAUGAUAAACAACCAUUAAGGACAUUUGACUCUAACUCUGCACUAAAAAAAGAAGAGAAGAGCUCAGACAGAGCCAGUGAUUUAAAUGUGGUGGAAAAACCCUUGAAAAUUCAGAAAAAAAUAUUGGAACCAGCAGUUUUGGCCAACACAGGAGAAAAGCAACAAGAGCCUCCUGUACCUGUAGAGGCAGUUGUUAAACAAGCCAGCGCGGAGCCUGUGGUCCCUGUUGUGCCUGCACCAAGCAGUGAAAGUGUUGUAAAGGAACCAAAGAUGCCAAAACGGAAAAUGAAAAUUAUGGAGCAGAUCAAUGCACUGAAGAAUAAAACUGGCGUUGUUUCCAACGCUGAGCAAGUGAAUCAAGAUGCCAUUCGUCAUGAAGAUGCUGAAUCUGCACUAGAGGCCAGGGACAACAAAGAGAAAAUUGUUGCAUACAAGGCUGAGCAGAAACAGAAUGACUUAGAGGAAAAGAAAAAGAAAGAGGAUGAAAAGAAGCUUAUUGAAACAUUAAAAGAGCACCAAGAAGUUCAAAGGGACAUGCUAUAUGAACAGCAAAGAAUUCUUCAAGAACUGAAGAAACAUGAAAAAGUGCAUGAGGAAAAAGAAAAGGCAUCUUUGGAUGCAGUAAAAGAACCUCUUGUCCUGUCAGCAUCCCUACAGAAUAACAUCCCUUCAGGUAACAAAAUAAUUGACACCAGCUCAAAAUUAGGCCCUGCACAAAGUAUUGGUGUUAUUCAGCAAUCUCAAAAGGAGUCAAUUAAAGAAGAUUAUCCUAAAUUGACAAACAUAAACAAUUCUGUUAUUCUUCAGCCACCCCUGCCUCGUUCAGAAGGUAAAAUAGAUGCAGUGCUGAAACCAGUUCCUAAAAGAUCUAAAUUCAGCAAGGAUGGCCAGAUUAUGCCUCUUCCAUUGGCUUACAGUGCUAAAAUUUCAUCAUCUCCACCGCCACCGAAGAUAAUGUCAGAACAUUCUGAUGCAAAGCCUGGUGCAAGAGAUAUACUUGAAUCGGCUUUGCAAAAAUCUGACCGUGAAAAGAGAGAUUUGACUUUUGUUAGUGCUAUUGAUGCAGAUCAAGGUGCCGGAAAUGGUCCUAUGGUUGUGGAGGAAGAGAAACAAUCAGAGAAGUCUCCACUUUCUGUUGGAGAGCCAAAUGAUGAAUGUCUUAAAAAUAGUAAAAUACUGGAGACCGAAAAGCAAAAUUUUCAAGGUUCUGUUGUCAGUGUUUCAGAAACUGGUGGUCAGCCGGUGUUGUCUGAUGUGGGAGUAAGUUUGUCUUUCAAAAGUGGAAGGCAAGAAAGUGGCAGUGAUUUCAUACAGAAGGAUCAAAGUCCUGUCCAAAUAAAAGAAAGCAAUGCACCUGUAAUGGAACUCAAAACUCCAUCAUCAAUAUCUGAGCCACGGGUAGACAUUAGUGGGAGUCUUCAUGUUGUCCAGAGCAUAGCUGAUAAAACCUCGCCCAUAUCAGAGAAAACAUUGUUGAAAUAUGUUCAAAGUAAAGAGGGACAGUGACCUUUUUUUAAUUAAGUGAUUGUGAAAUACUAAGUAUUACUUAUGGUCUGUGUGCAUUCACACAAGGAACUGAAAUGACCACAUCAACUCCAUAUGUUUCACUUAGUUCUGUACUUGUUAUUUUACUUUCACAAGGUUUAUCCUGUUCUUAAUGAUGUAUUGAGAUGACUGACUGUUGAUUAUUGUUUAUGAAAUGCUUUUCUGCAUUUAUUUCAAGUAUGUACUGUACCUAGAUUCAUAACUUAUUUUAUUUAUUGUUUGUUGCUUUUAUUUAAACUUUAACAUUACAGUGGUGUUCUUUUCAAGUAGGCAAAAUAUUGUCUUUCUUCUUAUUUUAACCUUUUGAACCUGAAGCAUCUGGACAAUGCUUGAAUUUAUCAUGACAUAAUUGUUAAAAAAAUGUUAAAGAAUUUCUUUUACUUUUGAAGUUAAGAUAGAUGCAUGUACAUGCAUACUAGUUUUCCUUUCCGUUCUGGAUGCAUUAAAAAUUGUUCUCUUUUGCUUUUGUGAAAUGCCAUUGUGUUUUCUUCUUUUGUUUUGAAGUUAGAUUCUCAACCACCAAUACCUGUAGUUACCACUAAGACAUAUAAUUUAUUUUUUCAAGUGGGAAUUGGGGAUUUCUCCUGGUUGUAUGAGUUCAGAACCUUAAGGGGGCAAGGGCCAGGGCAGUGGCAAAGGAAAAUUGAAGUGCUGUGAUUUAUUGACUGAUGAGGAGUUGGCGAAUUUGAUCUCUGUUUGUCCUUUUUUUUUUUCAACAGAUGCAUUCAUUUUGUGUUUAAGUCUGGGUUAAAGUUUGAUCAAAAAUUUAUUGUUUGAGAAAUUUGCAUUUGAAAUCUUGUAGAAAUGAUCAGAAUUGUUUUAAUUUAGCUCUUCUAUAGUUGUAAGUAGCAAUUUUUAAUUAAUUCUAGAGUAUGCAAAUUUCCAAGCAGCUUAAAACGAAUGUCUGUCAGUAUGUACCAACAUAUCAUUAUUGACCAGUAAAUCUCCAUCUGUUCUACUGUGUCUCAAUCAAAUUAAAAUGUCCUAAGAUAUACUGUGCUGCAAGUAUCGAAUGUGAAUAGGUGAAAUACAAUAAACAAUUAAUAGAGAGUUUA